UUACCUUUCGUUUUCUCUUCCAAAAAAUAAAAAUACUUUCCUUUGAUCAUCGGAAAUCCCCAAAAUUUCAAUUCUCGGGUUUUCGAUUUCUUCAAUUAGGUUUUCUGUUAUAAGAGAAAGGCGAGCUUUUCUUCUCUAUUCUAAGAAAGGCUCGCCGGAAAAAAAUUUAAUCAAAUAUAGCAACCAUGGAAUUUCUUAGAAUUUCUGCUUUUCAACCUAUAGUCGUGUUCCUGCUCAUCUCCGUCGUCUACUUCCCGGUCACCGUCCGUUCAGAUGAAAUCAUCCCGCUUCUUUUGCCUUCCGAACAAGUGAAUCAAGACAUUUGCCCUACGACGCCGUCUCCGUCGGAAUCCUGCACUAUUAAUUGCUUCCGACCCGACCCGGUCUGCGGCGUUAACGGUGUGACGUACUGGUGUGGUUGCCCAGACGCACAUUGUGCUGGUGUGCGUGUUGUGAAAUCAGGGAUCUGCGAGGUGGGAAACGGAGGUUCUGCUCCGGUUACGGGUCAAGCGCUAUUGUUGAUUCACAUUGUUUGGCUUGUGUUACUUGGUUUCGUCGGGCUGUUUGGGCUGCUAUGAUCGAUCAGGUUUCGUUGAUUGCUUGAUUUAGGGUUAGACUUGAUAGGAUGAUUUUUUGUAUAACAUACCUGUAUCUUCUGUAUGUAUGAGGGGAAUAUACGGCUUAGAUGAUUUCAACUUUGUUCUUGUUUUUUUGUUGGUUUUAUACAAUUUUAGGAGAUUUAGAUAUAUCUUAUCAUUGUCUCUUUGAUUAUUGAAAUUUCCGGCCCAAUUGCCUUAAUAGUCCUGCGAUAAUUCUUUUACAGUGCCUGAAAUGAAUGUGUGAUGUAUAAAAGAGAUGAAAUUGGUCCCAACAGAGAACAAAGAUUUAGAGGAUUUAUAUAACUGAGCCCCAGUGGUAUAGGGAAAGGAAGAGGAUUCUCAAUAUGUGAAAAAUUUGAUGAGGAGAGAGAUGAGUUGAUUCUUGAGGCUA